UGCAGCUCGGCCGACUGCUUCUUGCCGGGAGCCAUGGCCUCAAUGGACAGUUUCAGCAUCCCCACGGACACCUGCGUUCCCACGGAGAUUGUGGAGUUACAGUCCGCCGCGCCGGACUCUGUUCCGUUGACCUCCGUGCCGCUGGAACUGUUCGACAUGUUGGAAGACACGAGCGGCAGUUGGAUCCACGGGGGCCACGACCACCCACCCCUGAUCGGUCUGCAGCCGCUCCUCGGCGACAGCCUGUUCCCUGGCGACCCCGACCAGGAAAUGAUCUUCGUGCAGACGCAAGAGGAAGUCGUGGGCUAUUAUGACACAGACAACCUCCAGGCCAGCAGUGACUUUGGAGACCCGACCUGCUUCCCGGGGAACAGCGAAGAGUGUGUCCUUCAGAGUCUGACCUCUGGGGCGUCCCUGGAGCAGGGCGGCAAGCCCGGCAGCCGCGGCCGAAGACGCCGUCGCCGGCAAACCUGCAACAGCAGCAGCAGCGAAGCCCUGGCUGACAACAACAAGAAAUGGGAGCAGAAGCAAGUGCCCAUCAGAACGCUGGAAGGUGAGUUCUCCGUCACCAUGUGGACCUCUAACGAGAAGAAGGACCAGGAACCGCAACCGGGGGCCGACGCACAGAGUCGCAACUCAAGUCCUGAUUAUUCCGAGUACAUGACGGGGAAGAAGCUGCCCCCCGGAGGACUGCCUGGCAUCGACCUGUCCGAUCCGAAGCAACUUGCAGCGUUUACCAGAAAGAAGCCAAAGAAACCCAAGGACAGUUCCAGAAUGAUCGUCUGCCCCCAUACCGGCUGUGAUAAGAUGUUCGUGAACAACUGCGCCGUGAGAAAACACCUGCACACCCACGGGCCGCGGAUCCACGUCUGUGCCGAAUGUGGCAAAGCUUUCGUUGAGAACUCAAAGCUGAAGCGCCAUCAGCUGGUUCACACCGGAGAGAAGCCCUUCCAGUGCACGUUCGAAGGCUGCGGAAAACGCUUCUCGCUCGAUUUCAACCUGCGCACCCAUGUGCGAAUCCACACCGGAGACAAGCCGUACGUGUGCCCCUUCGACGCUUGCAAUAAGAAGUUCACCCAGUCAACCAACCUGAAGUCGCACAUGCUGACCCACGUCAAGAACAAAAGCAGCCGCUGAAGACAAGCAAGUGCCUCCUCCAACUUAAGAACUGCUUCCAGGAUCUGUGACCAGCAAUAACUACGAUACUUCCUUGUUUUUCACUUUAGAAAAUAGUUUAAAAAAUAAAAAACCGGAAAAAGUAUCUGAUGGCUGUGUUGUGAGAGAAUAGAGAGAAAAGUUAAAGGCUUUUUUGCAUUUUUUGAGCUUUACCUUGCUAAGAUCCUUUACCUUGUUCUAUAGCAGUAUUUUGUAGUCGAGUUUGGUCCCAAUGAGAAAAUUUCAUUAAUAUCAUAAGAUAGUUUUUUAUAUACUUCUAGUAAA